UCUAACUUACCCUGAAAGAAAGCCUUUUUAGCGGAGGUAAAAAGAAUUUAUAAACAAUUUUGACAUGUUUAAAAAAAUAAUUUUUAAAAAGAAACCAAAACCAAAGGUGGACAAAAGCGAGGAUCCACCUCCAUCAACCAGCGAGCCAGACUAUGAUGUCAUCGAUCCAACAUCCAAUCCUAGUUCUUCAAUAUAUACGCCUCUAUUACCGUGUACGCCAAUUCCAAAGCAUCCUAGAAAGAGCCGAACUACAGGAAAGAUAUUCAACAAAGAUUCAAUCGUGGAUCUGCCGCUACAACAUGUCUCUUGCAACAGACGAAUGGAGGAUUUGGAUGACGAGGAGUAUGGGUAUGCGUCUGGAUACCCCGUCCAGAGAGUCAAGAAAAAGGAUACAAACUGGGAGGACACAUUUCUGGAUGCCCAGAAAUUUACAGCAUAUCAGAAAGACAGCAACAGCCCAAUGAUAAGCAAAUUUUUCUUCUCCUCGCAAGAACAACUUUACGAAGAAGUUUUCAAUAUUCUUUCUUGCAAAAAUAAACUGGUUAGACAUCUUUGCAUCAAUGAACUAACAAAUUUGAUAGUGGGUGCUGAUCAGAAGAAUUUCUCCACCAAUGAGAUGAAGAUAAUAUACCAAAGUGGCACUGCUCAGCUAUUCACUGUUAUCGCAGAAACAAAGAAAACAUUCUCCAAUUUCCAUUCUCUGAUCCAACUCGGAAUCAUUUUCAAUUGUUUCAUUUACUUACGAGCCAUUGAAGCAGUGGACCAAUGGAUUGCCUGUAUUAAAAACACAAUAACCACUAUUCAAUCAAGAAGCAAGCGUGUGUUUGAGAGGAGUGAUCCCGAUGUUCAGGUUUUUGCCAAAACAGCGAAGUGUAUUUUUGAUCUAGAGGAGGUAGAUUUGGAUGAAAGUCUGCUGAUGGGGGAGGAUGUGAACGAUUUGCUUCCUGACUUCAACAGAGAAGACAGCCACAUUUGUAUCGAGGGACUGGCGGUGGUUUUUCAUACUGGAAAUCUGGUAUUGCGACAGCAGUCGAAAUUUCACACAGGGGUGCAGAAGAUGGUAGGCCUGGCUUCGUUUAUGGACGUUUCUAAUGAUGAGGAGGGGGUGGUGAAAUGGCAUCACAGACUCCUUGGUCUAUUUAUUGUUCGUAUACUACAAGAAGAGCACCCUGAUGUGAAAUUGGAAAUGCUCGAAAAAUGCGAAAAUCAGUUGUUGUCGAUAUUGAAUGGAGAGCAUUUUCACUCGAGUGGAUUCAGUGUGUCAAAGAGUUUGCUUUUUCACCACAAUGAAAGAAUACGGUCUAGAUACAGAGAAAUUGCAAAGAGAAAAGGGACAGUUAGUUCAAAAGAAGCCAUCAAAGAUCACGUGCAAAAUUUGCUAAAAAAUUAUGGAUUUGUGUUUGACCUUUCCACGACAGAGUUACCACUGAACAACAGUUAUGAACGUAAACAAUGUUUAUUUUGUAACGUGGAUGCAUCCAUCACAUGUUUUUUGGAAUCUUUCGCAGAUGAAGUCAGAGAUGUGGAGCUAUAUGAUAAUACUUCGUCCCAAUUCAACACAAGCCUAAAUUUAGCUAGACAAGAAAACUUAGAAAAUGAACUGGAAGUAUUGAAAGAAAUAGAGUCCAAAGACAUUCACAAAAACGUAGCCAGGCUUCUUGCAUUCAACCAAACCUUACCGAAGUUUUAUAUCAAAGAGAGACUUCCUGGAGACAACUUACAAAGACGCCUCCUGGAGGCAAGAGACAAAGGAAAGAUAAUUCCCAUUGAGAAUCUCAUUAAGAUGAUAGUGCAGGCAGUGGAGGCAGUCUUGUAUGUUCAUAGCUGUGGUUGUCUCAUCAGGGAUAUCACGACGUCAUCAUAUUGCUGCGCCACAACAGACAAUGGCUAUUUUCUCAAGUUGAAAAACUUUGAGAUGGCAGCAAAACCCUCAGAUUUUCCAAGCGAUGGAAUAGUAAGUGGUCUUAUAGAUCUGGAUUUUGAAGGCGUUCCGAUACGGUGGGCGGCCCCCGAAAGUCUUCUGGAAGGGCAUUACAGUAUAUACAGUGAUGUGUGGUCUGUCAACAUUUUAGCAGACGAAAUACUUAACUAUGCAGCGUGGCCAUACUCGGACGUCAGCGACUCCGAUAUUGACGAUAUGAUUACAAAUAUUGUCUUUACUCAUCUUAAACCCCAAGGAUUUAACCGGCCUAGAAGGGUCCAAGGUUUAAUUUUAGAAGGGCUGGCAACAAUCCCAGAACAGAGGCUAAAACUGGAGGCACUGCGAGAGAGAUUACUGGACAUCUCUAGCAAUAUCAGCGGAGAGGGAAGCUAUACCUUAUACGAUACAUAUUCUGGAGUAGAGGGAACACACGCAAAGGUGUAUGAAAUACCACCCUUGACAGAAAGGCAGAUCAAGGCCAAUUCUGUAUUUGAAAGAGGAAUUCCGAAGUCAAUCCGCAGAUUCAGAGAGCUUGAUGAAGAUCCCGUUACCGUAUUUGCAUUGGAAGUAGCGGAAAACAACAACAAAUUGAAAGAACAAAGUGGAGUCAAAGUCAUGGAAAUAUCCUCUGACGAAUAUUACAAGAUCGAGACUGAGGACAGAACAAGCAUGAUGAAAGUGAUGGAAAAAGUAAGUGAAGACUUUUUGAAAUUUACAUAUAACAGACUGAAGGAAAUCGACAGCAGUAAGAUGUGUGUAGAACCUUGGCCGCCGACCAAAAGCGUGUCAGCAGACGGUUCUAAACAGUUGCACUACAAAUUCCCUAGAUCCACACACCUUCUUGAUAUAGUCCUUCACAAAGAACGGGGUCAAAUGAUUGGUCCAUAUAUUGAACUUCUGUAUGAACUGGCCAAUCACAUCGACUCUUUUCAUACAGCUGGAUGGAUUUUUCGAUGUCUUAGAGCUAAGAACGUCUGGAUUUUAGAAACAAAAAAACGAGAACAAACUAUAGUGGUGCCCAAAUUUGGUAAAUAUCGGGUGAUAGCGUCGUCUGAGUUCGACACACACCUGGAGCAGAUCAAAGUCGAAAAAAUGGAAGACACAGAAGGAAUACAAUGGCUCCCAAUAGAGGCAAUUAAAGCUGGUCUUUAUUCUAAAGAAAGUGAUGUGUAUGCAUUUGGAAUGAUCACAUGGGAGGUCAUGUCUGCUUUUGGACAAGAAGGAGUUGUGUAUGAUCAGGACGAAGAACGAGAACUGCUUUGUGUACCAUUCAACUACCAAGAAUCGGAAAAGAUUCUUCAGCAUUUAAUAGAGGGAUAUAUCCCAGAAAAGCAGGUCAAGUGCCCGGAUUGGUUUUACCAGGAAGUCACCAGGCCUUGUCUCUUGCAUCAGAAAAUUGACAGGCCAUCCAUGAAAACGAUUCUUCAGAUUCUUGAAAUUCGACUUGGAAAGACUCUUCCUAAACAAGUUCUGAGUCUUCCACCUCCACCUCAACCGGCACAACCGGGAGGAAACUUAACACCAAAUGUAGAGCAAUAUGAGGACAUUUAUGAUUAUGAUGAUAAAGAAUUAAAAGAAUCGGCAACAACGGAAGGUGAUGGCAAAGUUUCUUCAAAUGAAGUUCCUCCUCUGCCUCAACCGAGAAGACCUCCUCCCCCACCCCCAGCGUCGUAUUACAAUACCAACGAGAAUAAAGACAACGUGACAGGUAAACACAACUUACCACCCCCACCACCAACACGUCCAAAACCAAUUGUCAAAGCGAAUGAUGUUAAAGACACUGAAGAUAAUUCUGGUCGAACACCUCCUCCAGUAUCAAGGAUGGGUAAUAAAACUGACGCAGAGGAUAAGGUGAAUGUCUGUCUUGGAGGUGUAAAAGUAGAUGAUACUGUUCCACCUGUUCCUACAAGACCAUUACCGUCUUCCACUGGAAAUCAAAAAGAAUCCACAAGGUCGUCAGAUGUGAAUUCUUGUAAAGUACUUCCUCUUCCAAAUAUACCACAAAGCAACAAAGACGAACGUAUUGUAAAUGUUCCCCAACAACCUUCUGCUGUGAAUCUUCCGCCAAAAUCACAAGAAGGACAGAGAGGUGCAUAUCAGAACUUGAAAGAGCAAACCUCUGGCGAUACUUGCAGUGCAAAUUGCUUCCAUCAAAGCUUCCAAAAAGUUCUUCCGUCGUAA